GAUCGGACGCGCGGCGCGGGAGACAGCCGCUUUUGGACACGUUUUGGAGACAGAAGCUGCCCGACUGCACACGGGGGAAAAACUAAACACAACAACAACAGAAAGCGCAACUUACUUUGCGUCGCCUCGCCCUUCUAUUCGUGUUGUCACCGCACCGUUCAUAUUGUUUCGGGGAGAGCUUUUUAUUUAUUUUUUUGUAUUCAGCGGACGAAGUUUGGCGGCUGAAGGACGCACCUCGGGACUCUGACGUAGACGUCUCCCUGACUUCUGGCUGCUGGACAUGGGUCGCAUCUGAGGGCCAAGCUGCGGUAGACGGACGGCCGGCUCGGAGCUGCUGUCCCCUUGUCCUCCUGUCUCUUGCAGAGUGGACCCGCUUUUGAGAGAGGGUGUUUUUUCUCCCCUCUAUCUGGGCCUACGGCCGACUUGUUUAAAGGUCCUUUUUUCCCCUUUUUUUCUGCUUCCGGCAACAGCGAAGAGACCAAGUAUUCCUCCCUCAGCCCGCGCUCGCGCUCUCACUCCUUUUUUUGGAAGCUGAAUUCUUAAAGGAAAAUGGGGCAUUGAGCGGGUUGGCAGAUCUCCCCACGCUAUAAUGGCUACUGACACCUACCUGGUGAACGACGAUCCAUCUCGAGGCCCAGGGAUGCCUGAAUGUUUCCUCGUGUCUGACACGUACAGGGAUGAAUUCCACCCCUUCAUCGAGGCCCUGCUGCCCCAUGUUCGCGCCUUUGCCUACACCUGGUUCAACCUGCAGGCCCGCAAGCGCAAAUACUUCAAGAAGCACGAGAAGCGCAUGUCCAAGGAGGAAGAGCGCGCAGUGAAGGACGAGCUGUUGGGGGAGAAGUCAGAGAUCAAGCAGAAGUGGGCCUCGCGCCUGCUGGCCAAGCUCCGCAAGGACAUCCGGCCCGAGUUCCGCGAGGACUUUGUGCUCUCCAUCACGGGGAAGAAGGCCCCCUGCUGCGUGCUGUCCAACCCCGACCAGAAGGGCAAGAUCCGUCGCAUCGACUGCCUGCGCCAGGCCGACAAGGUGUGGCGGCUGGACCUGGUGAUGGUCAUCCUGUUCAAGGGCAGCCCCCUGGAGAGCACGGACGGGGAACGGCUGGUCAAGUCACCACAGUGCACCAACCCUGGCCUGUGCGUGCAGCCGCACCACAUCGGAGUGUCCGUCAAGGAGCUGGACCUCUACCUGGCCUACUUCGUCCACACGCCAGAAUCCGGACAAUCAGACAGCUCCAGCCAACAGGGGGACACAGACAUCAAACCACCGCCCAAUGGGCACCUGAGUUUCCAGGACUGCUUCGUCACCUCAGGGGUUUGGAAUGUGGCAGAGCUGGUUAGAGUGUCACAGACACCCGUAGCCACGGCGUCAGGCCCUAACUUCUCAUUGGCUGACCUGGACAGCAGUCCUAGCUACUACAACAUUAACCAGGUGGCUCUGGGGCGACGCCCCCUCACCUCCCCUCCUUCCACCAGGUCUGAUGUGGAGUUGUACGCAAACCUUCCACGGAGCUCCAGCAAGAGGAAGUCGUUAGACGACAGUGAGCUGGAGAGCCCCACGGAUGAUAAUUUCUACCCUGGACGCUCGCCUGCUGCCAGCUCCUCCCAGUCCAGUGCGUGGCCCAACGACAUGGAUGCAGUGCAGCACCAUUUGGCGAGUGUGCAGGAGAAGAAGAUAAAACAUGAAAACGAUGGCGUGCAGUUUCCUUACCAUGGACUGUCCUCGCCUGGUUCACUUAAGAAGCCGGGGAAGUUUGAUUUCAACGCCCUGACUUCCCAGACGAGGUCCCCCCGCAUGGCGUUCACACACCACCCGCUGCCUGUGCUGGCAGGAGUGAGACCAGGGAGUCCCCGUGCCUCAGCCUCAGCUCUGCACUUCCCCUCCUCCUCCAUCAUCCAGCAGUCCAGCCCGUACUUCACCCACCCCACCAUACGCUACCAUCACCACCAAGACCCGCUUAAGGAGUUUGUGCAGUUUGUGUGCACCGACGGCUCAGGGCAGCCCAGCGCACAGCCUAAUGGAGGUGGCCAGAGCAAAAUGCCGGGCUCCUUCCUGCUGCCCCCGCCACCCCCGGUGGCGCGCCCUGUGCCCCUCCCCAUGCCCGACUCUAAAAUCAUCAGCACGCCCACUGACGGCGGACUCAGCUCACCCGCAUCUCCGUCAUACUCCACGCCAGGCUCCACAGCUCCCAACCGGUUUGUCGGCAUCGGAACACGGGACAACUUUCUGAAUAUCCCCCAGCAGACUCAGUCCUGGUUCCUCUGACAAGGCCUCUCUGAAUCAAGAGCUCAAAUUGUGUCAUGAAAAUUGGAAAUUUGAAAAACAAACACGUCCCCGCUGAUUAAGAACAGACUGCUGACACUAAAGGUCUUUCUCUCUAGCCAACACUAUUCAAAGUACGACUACCAACUCCGAAAAACAACAACCCCACACCAACCCAAGAGGACUCCCAAUCCAACACGAUUUGAACAGGAAGGCCCCCCCCCUCCCCCUUUUGUGCAGGAGGCUUCAAUGAGAUUGAGUGGACAGACUCAGAAUGCGAGGAAGAGGAGGGACUGUCUCACACACACACACACACACACACCAAUCACCACCAAACGUCAGAAAGGAAACACAAUAUGACACCCUGACAAAUGACCAACCAUUCAUUUGUUGUUUCUUUUGUAUUUUUAUUUUAUUUUUGUUAAUUUUUAAUUUGUGUCGUCUCCACAAUGAAACUCCCUGCAUUGGCUGGGAGAUCCAAAAGAUCAAACAAAAAACAUAGUGGUAAACGGUGAAAUGUGCACGCCUCCAUCUCUGCAUUUCCCAUCUGACCCCCGCCUGGAGCUCGGCGCCGCCCAGGGUCCAGACCGCCAACCGCCGCCACACGCCUGCGUGUCGCCACGCCCUCGCCGCUUCAUCCGCUCAGCCCUGAGCCUCUUCUAAUUUCCAAUUGGCCAAUUAUGGUGGCACCAUCCAAUGGUGUGACAUAUAUGCACUAAGUGGCUGGUCUUCGUUUAUCUGUCAAAAGUAUCAGGGCGUCCUGCUGUGAAGCGAUAGCCAUGAGGCGAGCGCUCGCGAGUGAACACACGACAGACGGUCAUAACACUAACUCUACAUGUGCUCUUUCGUCCCCCUCACCUAUGCACUAUUAAUUUUUGAUAAGGGAUGAACGGUAUUGCACACCGAUGGUCAGAUGAGCGUUUAGAGAAGUGAGUCGAGGCUGGCCGCCACAGCGGGGAUGUGGCUACGCUAACGGUCAAAGUCAAGGCCCUGACACAUGCAGCACACGCAAACACGCUUGCAGACAUAUUAUCAUCUUAUUAUUCAUUAACGUGGACUUUACUUUACAGUUAUGCACACGCAGCAUCAGCUUCAUAUUAUCGGCUUUCAUUUUGUUUGCAGGUGAUUUCUUGCGAUUUCCUUUUUUUGGCCAGAUUUGGUUUAGUUUUUUGUCUCACUUGGAUUGUUUUAACUUUCUCCUCGACGUCACAACACUUUCUAUUUUUCAGUAGUUUGCAGUAAUACGUUAAGUAUCGGAUUUCAUCAAAUCAGUAACAGCAGUUUCUCAAAUCUCUCGCGUAUGGAGAGCACAGUAACAACAGCUCAUCGCAUGCAGACCUUGCAUUGCUUCACCUUGUAUCCCUUAAGAAACCCAGAGCACUACGCACACACACACACACACACGCGCACACACACACACGCACAGGCGCAAGUAUAGAAUGCACACCAACAUCCUGACAUAAAAUAAUAAAGGGAAGCCUUUAUAUUUGGUUCUCCAGACUGCCUUUGUUAAUGGUUUUUCAUUCACUUCAUUUGUCUUUUUUUCAAUUUGAGAUAUAUGUUGGGUUUUUUCUACGUCAAUGUUCACAUUCAAAUUUGCGAUCGGUAUCAUUCUCACCAAAAACCAAACUCACAAAAUAACUGGACUACCCAGCUGUUGGUUCUAUUUUGCAGGGAUAGUGAACAGGGCUGAGACCUAGAUCUCAGCCGCUCUAGUAACAUUAGUUCUAUGUACUAAAACCAUAUAUCAAGACUAUAACAAUAUAUGAAAGUGCCUCUGUAUUCCCGUCAUGCAAUUAGUAAUAAACUUGACUUCAGGUUCUCUUCCCACGAAUAAGCUAAAGCUACGGGGGAUGGUAGCGCUGGUGCUCGUGGAAACCAUUGGCCGCGGACAGAUCUUUAUAGAGGACUGCAAACCUUGUUUUGUAAAGACAGAGAGAGAGAGAUCUUAUACAUGUAUAUUUAUGAUAUAUGCUCCUUUUUAAAUUGUACUACAUGAGCUGGCAGUCUAGUUAUUUUCUGAUCUCUCACCCCCGCCUCCUUACACACACACACACAAACACACACACACACACACAUCCCGUUUCAGUGACAUCAGCUUACUGUCACCCGUACGAAUCAAACGACACUCGCCAUCUGCAGCGCAGCAUCAUAACGACAAGAUGAACAUGUCAACAACAAAAUCGACAGUAGGUUUAAAAAAAAAAAAAAAAAAGUGUGUGUUUUUUGAUGGAAAGUAUUAUUAUUGAAAAAUAUGUGUUGAUUGAGCCACGUGCAAUGCAUUGGGUAGAUCAUUGUGUUUGUCUGUUAGAGAUUUUUAAGAAAGCUAAGAGAAAAGAGAAGAAAAAAAUGUAUUUGUUUCAAAGUCCAUAAGCUCCGGGACUCUAAACCAGGGGGCCAUGAAAAAUCCUAGUCUUUGUAAGUUUGGGGGUAUUUGUUUUUAUUUCCUUUGUCUCUUUUUUAUGUUUUAUGUGUAAUCAAUUGUUUAUAAAAAAUGUGGGAGGGCUGAAGAAGAAAAAAAUUCUACACAACUUGGGGGGGAAAUAUUCUCUAUCAGAUAACAUCUGGUGCUUUAACACUAUAAAGUACAUUCAGAGCUAUUGUACAUGAAUGGUAAUGAACAAAAAUAACAGACCAUUUAGGAAACAGCAUUAGUCCUCUCUAUUUUUCUUCUUCUUCUAUUUGUAUAGAGUUGGGGGAGAGGUUCCUAUUCCUUCAGGUUGUGACACAAAAGGCAUUUUGGUUCAACCUUUAGAGAGAAAAAGACACAACAAACUGUCAAGAAACACUUUAGAAGACUUUUCCGUGCACUGCCUGAAACUCACCAGCAAGAAAAAACAAACAACCCUCCCAAUUUAACUCAUUUGUAUCUCACACAUUGGCAUAAAUAAGCACCCCCGGGCUGCGGGAGAUGCUUUACAUCAGACCUCUUUAAUUCCCAUGAUCAUGUUUCUGAAUCUUGAGCUGGAUGAACCCACAUGCAAUGGAACAAGUAAAUAAAAAACAUAGAAAAGUAGCUUAAACAUCCGUAAGAAAACGAUUGAACCCGUUUCUGAAACAGGCAGACCAGGUGAGCCUCUCCCCUGCCCCCCCCCCCCCCCCCACCUCUGUAAAUGACUCUUAUAGUGCUUGUGCUGUAGUGUAUAGUUUCCCAGCAGUUAAAGGUUGUCCCUUAAAAGUGCCUUUUGUUCACAGACUCCAUUUUGUAAUCCAGAUCGCCCCCUCCCUCCUUUUGUCUGUUUGUUUUACGAACCGGCUCGGAGGUCACCGGUUGCCCCUGAGUGCGGCGAGGAGGCAAAAGGCCGGCGCUCAGGGACGACUCUUUAUUUCCUCCUGCCUUCGAAAUGAAUCCCCUCCAUUGUACCACCCCUAUAUCCUCUCUUCCUUUUCAAAGCCGUAUAUAGAUAUAUACGUAUGUGUAUAUAUCCAGUACAAAAGGAAACUGGUGUGAAUUAGUUCUUUACUUUUUAUUGAUAAAUGACAAAAAAAAACAAAAAAAACUUUUGAAAAGGCAAAAAAACUUGUUCUCGUUCAGCUCUUGCUUUUUUUCUUCCCCUCUGUCUCCGCUGUCUGUUUUCUCUUAGACAUUGGAGUAGUCUGUAACUGUGUGUCCGUCACUCUCCGUCUCUCUCUCUCUCUCCGUCUCUCUCUCUCUCUCUCUCCCGCCCUCCACCGUUGUCGGAGGGUGGGAGGAGAACAAAAAAAUUAUUGCCGAAAAAACUUUUGUCUGAGCAGAAUGCAGUUAGCUCACAUGUUAUUCUUGUCUGUAUGCUUCACAUUGUAUUACCAUACCCAUCUUCUUCAGCUUCUCCAUUCAACAGCUAAUGUAAGUGAACAAAUUACGCUGACGGGCUUUUGGGGGUGUCCUUGGGUGGGUUAGGAAAAAGGAUGACCGGGGUUUAGGGUUGAGGAGGUUUUGACGGACAGGGUCGAGAGGGCUGGACGAACCGCUUCAGGAUGUUGGAACGGGGCUGCUUGGACUAGGAUAAGAGUUUGCUCUUCUGUUUUAGCUAUUUAUUUUGUGGCUUUGUUUUAUUCCCUCUCUUUUUUUUCUUUUCAUUUUUUGGUUUCCUUUUUAAUUUGGAUUUCUUUUUAAUAUUUGCUAUCAGGGUAUGAUGUCGUUUAGGCCCUCCUCGAGGAGGCCUUUGGACUGUAAUUGAAAGCUACAAGCACCUUAUAACCGGACUUGUCCUGCACGAGGCUGAAAGGGGGGGGGAUUGCAUUUCCAGGACAUAUCCACAUCCAUUUAAACCAAUCUUAUAAAGUGAAGUAUUAUUGUUCCCGGCCCAGCAGUAUUAUCCACUUAAAAGGCACCAACCAGAUCGAUAAAAAGGCCAGCGUCAACCUGAUCCCUCAGAUAUUUGAGGAAUCAGGGAAGUCCCUCCACUUGUCUCCUCUGACCACCUCAUGCUGGACGCUCCGUGUCUCUGUUCUGUUGUUCAUUUUGUUCCUUUUAUCUUCUUCAGCAUGUAUGGUUAUCGUUGUAAUAGGCAGCACCCGAGGCCCCCUGACCCCAGCUCUUCUACGCCUGUCUAACGCCCUCAGUGCAGCACCACUUCUUUGUGAGAACACCCCCAGAGCUCUAGGUGAAAUGCAUGUGUUAAUUACAGUUUCUUUUCCAUAAGAAGAAAAACACAGUUUGAGAAGAGCAGCACCUGAUUGAAUAAAAAAGGAUGUUCUUGACUGUACCAUC